AUGGCUAGCAUCCUCCCCGUCUUCAACCUCAACGGCAUUUUGCUCUUCGCACUCUUCAUCACGCUGACGCUGGCGGUGUUGGGCCCCUUCCAGUGCAUCAGCAACCCGGAUGGCAGCUCUUCCAUGGCAUCGAACCCAGGAAUUAUCUGCUACGACUCGGCGGAGCACUGGGUGCUGGUCGUGCUCUCCAUCCUGGGCAUCAUCGCCUAUCCCGUCACUAUUUUGGGCUGGGCCUCCUACACAACCGCCAUGUACCCCUCGCGCAUCACAUCCGGAGCUGGCCUGCAGCUUGUGAAUCGCUACCGCUUCCUCUUCCAGCGAUUCAGGCCAGAGUGCUACUACUACGGCCUUGUGCUGCUGUUCCGCAACGCAUUUGUGGCGCUCUUCCCCGUGGCGUUCGUGUCGAUGCCCGAAGUGCAGGUGGUUCUCAUGGGCACGCUCUUCGUCUUCGGCGGUGCACUGCAGGUGCGAAGCUGGCCGUGGCGUACCCCGCAGGCCAACUACGCGGACUUGGUGAUGACAGCCUUCCUUCAGGUGGUCCUGCUUGGAGCUGCACCCCUCCUGGAGAUCGACAAGGACCAGUCCACCGAGAUGUUGGGAUGGCUUCUCCUCUUCGCCGUCUUGGGCCCGCUGUUGGCUGGCCUCGGGGCGGUGGGAUUCGCUGUGUACCGCCACUUCGCACCCAAAGCCAUGUUCGGCAUCUUCCUCUGCCACCACAAGGGAGGUGCUGGCAGUCUCUGCCGUCUCAUCAAGCUCCUGGUCGCCAGGCACAGCGCGGCCAAUGUCUUCUUGGACUCAGAUCAGCUGGAGGAUCUGGAUCUUAUCUUCGACACGAUCCGAGCCACGACCAAGAGUGUGGUGACGGUCCAGACGCCCGAGCUGCUGAAGCGCAUGUGGUGUGCCGGAGAGAUUGUCACCGCCUUCAAGAACAAGGUCACCACCGUCCCGCUCAUCUGCGAUGGCUUCAUCACGCUGACCAACGAAGCCCUUGAGCUCAUCCCAGACUGCUGGACGGCCCAGCAGAAGCAGAUCCUUGCCAACUACGGCAUCACCAUGGAGGACGUGAAGAAGGCGUACCUUUGGCUCCGGGAUGAGAAGACGCCGCUCUACCUCAGCCGAUUUGGAUCCCCGGAAAAGCGCGAGGAAGUGGUCAUUGAGAUGUGCAAGCAGUGCAAAAUCUCCAUGAAGGUGUUCGGCUCCGGCCACGCGAACUCUGGCCCAGCGAAGUCCAAGGCACGAAUUCUGAUCACGGGAUCCGUCACGGACGCGGAG